AUGGCGCGGAUACUUCAAGGCAACCUGCACAGAAGUAGGCUCGCCCAUGAUCUCCUACCGCAAUUUGUCGCAGAGGAGAAAGCGGACAUCCUCCUGAUAAGCGAACAGUACACGGAUCGAGACACACCCGGCUGGGUGUCCAACGAUGCAAGGACCGCCGCAGUCUGGGUGCCCAGGCGCGGAAUCGCAGAAUCAGGGACGGGGGAUGACUACGUACGGGUAAGGGUGGGCCGCAUCACUUACUUCAGCGUAUAUCUCUCACCGAACCUUACUGCGGCGGAUUUCGCGAUACGACUAGGGGUGCUAGAGGACGCAAUAAGAGACGUAUCCGGGGAACUUGUCAUUGGGGGCGACUUCAACGUGAGGGCCACGGAAUGGGGUAUGACGACAACGAAUUGCAGAUGCAGAGCUAUCCUCGAGAUGGCAGCUCUACUAAGCUUAGUGGUAGCAAACGAGGGAAACACUACUACCUAUCGCAGACCAGGUUUUGGGGAAUCUAUACCGGACGUAACUUUCGCAAGCGAAACGACAAUCCGCAAAAUCAGGGAUUGGCAUGUCAUGGAGGAAUAUACUGCAAGUGACCACCAGUAUAUACUUUUUGACAUCCAGGACGACCACAGAAACAGGACCAGAGAAAGAAAAAAGCAGACGCCACGGUGGAAUACCCGGCGCAUGAACCGGAACAGACUUGCUGAAGAGAUGCAAAGGGCGGAGCUUCCAUCAAUUGGGCUCCCUCAGCACCUGAGCGGACGCUAA